AUGCCGAUGCUCCCGGCUGCCGAGCGGCCGCGGCUGACGCUCGAGGACUACAUCGUCUUCUUCACCACCCGCAGCGGCGGGGGCCUCAACCUCCACCACCUCAACGACAUCAUCUACAUGCACGGGUUCGCUAAGCUCCACCGCGCGCCCAAGCCGGCGAUGGUGGACGCGCUCAGGUCGGUGGAGCUCAUGCGCCCGCGCCGCUCCACCGUCCCCCUCAACGCCACCGCGCCGCCGCCGGGCGCCGCCACGGCCGCGGCCGCCGUGCUCUCGGCUGAGGAGGUCACGCGCGGCAUCGAGGACCUCGGCUGGCGCGAGUGCCCCGUCGGCUCCAUCCUCUCCGUCCGCGCCGGGAUGCGGUCGCCCGCCGCCGCCGCGGCCGAAGCCCCCAUCCCCAUGCCCAUCUGCGCCAUCGCCCCCGGCUCCGCGGAGCGCAUCUCCCCGCCGAUCCUGGUCAGCGCCUCCUCGCCCCUUCCGCCCGCUCUGCCCGCCGCGGCCAGGAGGAAGCUUUCCCGGACGGGCAAAGCGGAGGCCGCGAGGCGGAGGCGCGUGUUGGAGUUGCUCACGCUCCCGUCCCUCGAGACGGCUACCCCGGCCUUGCGACGGCGCCCCCACAAGCUCUCUCUGCUCACGGGUGGUCUACAGGCACGACAGCGGCGAGGUUGA